AUGGCACUCCUACCAAACUUGCCAAUCUUAGUUAUUUUUCUUGCUAUGAUCUUUACAUGUCUUGCACAAGUUGAGCCAUCCAGGGCUGGGCAUAACAGGCAAAACCAAACCCAAACAAUGGGCUACAUAGAGUCCUCUUGCAAUAGCACUCGAUACCCUGAUCUGUGCAUACGUUGCCUGGCCAGAUUUGCCAAUUACAACAUCGAUAAUGGCCCUAAGGACUUAGUCCAUGUAGCUCUUUCCGUGAGCCUCACGAGGGCACUACAAACAAGGGGUUACCUGUUGAAAGUGACCAAAGAACUUGAGGAAUUCAAUAUUGGCAAAGUGUACCUUACUAUUCAAGAUUGCUUGACGCUAAUCAAUGAUAGUGUGGACCAACUUAGCCAAGCCAUCAAAGAGCUCCGCAGGCUAGACAAGCGCACCAUCAUAGACGAUCGUUUCUUGUGGCAAAUAAGCAACGUCGAGACAUGGGUGAGCACUGCCUUAACAGAUGCAAGCUAUUGUGUACAAUCGUUCCCUGGUCAAAGGAUGAGUAAGAGAACUGCUACUAUAAAGGUUAAGGCGCAAAAUGUUGCCGAAGUCACUAGUAUUGCACUAGCCUUGUUUCAUAGAUAUGCUUCCAGGUACCAAGCGGCAGCUAGAGCCACCAAGGUACCAUAA